AUGCGAAAGGCCGUUGAGGCAGAAGUAGAGCUAGAGCUUUACCACAGACAGGUUGUUGAGUUCUUAUGGGCAGGAGAACAUGGAGUUGAUAACUCGUUUCUAGAGAUCCUCUAUUGCCUGAACAUGUUGCUAAUUCUUGAUGUGUGCAGUGAGCACGAAGUCGAAGAUAUUAAGAGCUCAACCUUUCUUUGA